CUCGUGACAGCGAGCUUGUGCUCUUCUCCAUCUGCGCAGGAGCUGGUCAGAGGGUGAAAAUAGCUCUGCUACAAAAAAGCCCAGACCACGACGUUUUCUUAUCCACCUUGCUAUGCUGCAUGGACUGAAGAGUUGAGGGCCCCCAGAGAGGAGAGAUGGCAUCAGAGGGAGACCCUGACGCUCCCCUUGGGGAUGCAAGGGCUGUUCCACUGGAUAUUGAUGACGUCCAUAUGCUGCUCCAAGUGGAACAGGAACAGGUUCAGAAGAGGACAUUCACCAACUGGAUCAAUGCUCAGCUUUCCAAGAGGACGUCUCCCUCAUUGGUACAGGAUCUCUUUGCAGAUCUUAGUGAUGGAACUCGAUUGCUGGACCUUCUAGAGGUCAUGAGUGGUCAGCGCAUGAAACGAGAGAAGGGCCAUGGAGUCUUCCAGCAGAGAGGCAAUGUUGAAACUGCCUUGAAGUUCUUAAAAAAUAAAUCAAUCAAGCUGGUGAACAUCAACAUCCCAGACAUCAUAGAAGGAAAACCUUCUAUUAUCUUGGGCCUGGUAUGGACCAUUAUCUUGCACUGUCAUAUAGAGGAGUUAGCCAGCACUCUCUCUUUUGGUUCACGCUCCUCCUCUCUGGAGUCUCUGUCCAGUCAAGAUUCAGCACCAGGUACCCCUGUACGAGGAAGUCCUGUCCCACACAGAGCAUCACCGCUGCAUACACGCUUUCGUCUCUCUGCUAAAAAGGCCCUGCUGUUGUGGGUGCGGGACCAGUGUCGGAAAGUGGGCUGCUCCGUCAGUGUAAAAGAUUUCAAGUCAAGCUGGAGGAGCGGUGUGGCAUUCUUGGCCAUCGUCUGUUCCCUAAGACCAGACCUGGUGGACCUUUCCUUAACUGAAACCAGGAGCAACCUCCAAAACCUGGAAGAGGCCUUCAUUAUAGCCCAGCAGGAGCUGGGAAUAUCCAGACUGCUUGAACCUGAGGAUAUUGACAUUAGUAACCCAGAUGAGAAGUCCAUCAUGACCUAUGUGGCUCAGUUCCUGCAAUACUCCAAUGAUCUGCCCUCAGCAGAUGAUGACCUUGAGCUGCAAACUCUACUCUUUCCCAAGUGCCUUUCUCCUAUCAGUCUUCCCACCCACUUCACACCUGCUGUGUUGGCUUCCCCCUUGUGUCAGGCAUCGCCCAAUCUGAAGGUCAGAGAAAUGACCUGCUGGCUUCAGCAAGCUCAUGAGGAACUGCUGGAUGUAUGGUCCUCGACAGAUGGUGAAGGGUACGGAGAGAGAUAUCAGGCAUUCCAGACCUUUAUAGGGUCGUUUUAUGAGCAGCGACGGCCUGUGAUGUCAAUGCUGAGUGCAGUGAAGCGUAGUGCAAAACUCAGUGAGGAGCAACUCACACUGAGAAAGGCAUGGGAUCUUAUGGAGGGGAGGUUGCAGCAGUACAAAACUGAACUGGAUGCAGCUCUGCCUGCUCCUCUACACACUCUGGGUAAAUGGCUACACAAUAUGGAGUCGGUGCUGUCUGAGGAGCAAGGUGACUCUGAAGACCAUGCAGGAGCAGCCAGAGAUGCUAGGGAAAAGCAAGAGAAGCUCAAGGUCUUGCUAGGGGACAUGAGUGGGCACUUGGACACGCUUCAUCAUUUCUGCAACCCAGAGGAUGACGCCAGCUCUCAAGUCCCUGCUGAAAAGCUUGAAGAAAUGAAGAGACGUUUCACCAAUGCCAGAGUGACAGCUAAGUACCAUGGCAUAAAACUGGAGUACCAGGAGCGGUGGCACCAUGUCCAUGAGCUCUUAGGCCAUCUCAAGAGCAAGCUGAAGUCCUGGAGAGGACCCUAUGGCUCUCAGGAGGCUGUGCUGUCCUUGAUGCAGGACUGGCAUGAUAGUAUCAACACACAAGACCUGUUGUCUAUGCUAAAAGCAGCUCUUCAUAAACUGAAACAGACUGCCAGUACAUACACAAACAAGGCAGCCCUGGCAGAGGCCUCUGGGGCAGUGAGCAGGCAGGUGAAGGAGGCUGAAAGGGAGAUAGAAAUAAGCUCAGAAGCAGCAGCUGCAGUGAAGGACACUAUGGGCCGUGUGCUGGCUGAAUGGGAAUCCUACAAAGACUGCUCAUACUCUCUACAGGUCUUCCUAGAGGGACAAACUCAGACUGCAGGGAAAGAGCAGACCUCCAGACAAGACCUCAGCUUAUCUGAACGGAGCUCUUGCCAGGCCAGGCUGAAUGAAGCAGGGAACUACUUGAUUGAGGUGACAGAGAGCUCCACAAGCUGUUCCCUGGCAGAUGAACUCAGUAGACUCAAUACAAAGUGGGCUGACUUCAUCAAGAGGACUAAAUUUGCAGUGUCACCUCAGCAGCCUAGUAGUGUAGCUCCAUGUGGUCAGGCCACACAGAUGCUGCUGCAAGAGGCAGGGUGGACCCUGAGAGAGGCUGUGGAAGUGUCAUCUGGAGCUCUGCGCAAAUACAGAAAGAAACUGCGGGUCAUGGUAAAGAAGAUAUCAGAGUUAGAUCUGGACUCUUUAUCUCCAGAAUUCAGUGAGGAGGCACUGCAGAAACUUAAAACCACACUUCUAGAGAUGAGGGAGGAUCUCAGCAAGGUGGAGCAGGCUUGUGAGGGCAUGCAGAGGGGCGCGUCUCUGCUGGAAGGCAGGCUUGCAGAGCUGGGUCACUGGAGUACUGAGGCUAUAGAGGUCUGCCAGCAGUUGAAGGAGUGGCAAAACAAGCACCAGGGGCCUCACCCCAGAGUUAAAAAGCUGAUCAGCAGAGGGCUGCAGCUGGAAAGCCAGGUGGAGAUGGAGGCACAGGCUCUGCAGUCUACAUUGGAAAGUGCGCAGAGGAGCUCCUCCCUGCCCUAUCUUAGCAUAUCUACUCUACAAGACAGAGCAAAAUGCACAGUCAAACACUGCCAGGAUAUUAUAGACACCCUUAGCUGUAUGGAAGUAAAACGUGAAGGAGAGACUGAAGGUGAUCAGCCUCCUCCAAAGGUUGUUGUUCGUGCGUACAUUACUCCAGAGCCUCAAGCAGGAACCUUACAGAGACUUGAGACUCAGACUUCCAAAGCUCCACAAGAACGUCGUACUCAGCCAGAAAGCCAACAGAGUUAUGGCUGUUUUCAGGUAGAGAAACACACAAAAACCAUAUCUGGCACGCAAACUCAGGUCCUCUCUUUGGAUAAUCCGGACGAGCCCAGUGUCCUUAAACAAAGCCCAGCUGUGAUCUCAUCAUUUCUGGGAAAACAAGAGAUUGGAAAAAAGGUUCAGAUUUUAACUAUAGGCCAGAGUCAAAGCAGGAUGUUAUUGGAUACACCUCAACAGUGUCCAGGCUCAUCCGUCUCUGACACCAGCUCACAAAACAUGUGCAGUAUUCAACCGAUGACUUCAGAACAAAAACAUACUGAUGCUCAAUACAAGUCCAAGCCUCAAACCACAACUACUACCCUACAUCAGCAACAUGGCCUUCUUGAAAAGGCUCAGCUCUUUCCCCAGUCUCUGGAGGUAACACACCCACAUGCCAAGGCACCACCGCAAGCCCAAACCAAGCUGCAUACGCAGGGUGACACACCCACACACACCCUGCACGGUAUCUCACCUCACACUCCGAAACAAGCCCAGGCCAAGACUAAAGCUCUGAGCCCCGGAGCACGCCAAAGACAGCGAGGCCAAGGCAAAACUCAAGGCCCUACCCAGAUCCCUGAACAGACUGAAGUGUACUCUAGAGCUCAGGCCAUGGCUAGGAGUCGGAUGGAGAGGGCCAAACAGCGUCUGCACAAACACAUAGAAGAGGUCAUCAUCAUCUUCAGCAACAGAGUAAUAUCUGAAGAGCAAGCCAAGAGGAAGCAGGGGGCACUGCGACAGCUUAAGCCAGCAGUGUUAGAAGAGUUCCUCGAGGCUGUAGAAGGAGUCGGGGCCUUCUGCUCUGAGGCUCAACUCGCAGUCAUGGAGGAUCUUUCUGUGUCUGUCAUGGCCCAGUGGGAGGCUGUGCGUUCAGCAAUAGAGUUCUUUCUGCCUGAUUUGUGGCGAGAGGUUCAGCGAAGGGAGUCGAUUAACAUGGCCAUUUUGAAAUGCGAAAUAGACACUAACACUGCCUGUGUUCCAGACCAAGUGUGCCAUGAACAGGCAUGUUCCUCAGUCAAAGAAACUAGUGGGCGUCUGGAGGUUCUGCGGGGGCUUAGUGAGACAUUGAAACACCCAGCUAGCUCCUGUCUGGCCACCACCAAUCUGAGAGAGAGCGGGGACAAGCUGGAAACUGUUCAGUAUCAGCACAGUAGGGGGGAGCAAGCCCAGGACAGCACCCUGCUGAGAGAGACUGGACUGCCUGCUGACCAAUCACUAAGCCAAGUACACUCACAGGGCAUCAUUCAGGCCUACAGUGUGGAGACCAAACAGACGCCCAACAGGACUAUUAUUCACAUUGGUCAAGCACAGGAAGAGGGGACCGCCUCUCAAGAAGUUCACAGCAGUGCUGCCCACUCAGCUUUCCAGAAGCAGCUACAGAUGAACACUGAGCAGCUGAGAAGAGAGUUCCCUACAAGCUCCAGCCUCUUACCUGCCACCCUAAGCACACACCUGCAAGAACUCCAGACACUGGCGCAGCAGACAGAGGCUCUUUGGAUGGAACUUGACCUCCAGAGCUCUCCACACAUGGAGGAUGGCUGCAUUGUUGAGUCAAAAAGAGUACAGCUCAUUCAGCAGUGGAGGGGACAGCAGAUUUGCUUUCAGGCCAGGAUGAAGUCAUUAGAGAAUGCUUUGAAGCUGUUAGAGCCAGUUGAUGUUCAUAUCAAAAUGAUCUCUGAUCAGCUUAACCAACUUGCUCAAAAACCUGUGGACAUCACUGGCUUUGCCCUCAUUGAUCCUGGAGCUCUACAUGGCGGCUUAAAGCUUCUGGGAGAGCACAUUAAAAAAGAACUGAGGCUCGUGGCUGAGUCUGAAAGUAAAGUGGCCAACUCUGCAGGCCUGAAUGAGGCUGAACUUCAAAACAAUCUGCCUCUACAGCAAACCAUUCAAAACUGCACACACCGUCUGCAGCAGCUAAACCAUCGAUUGGGGAGAGCGCGGUCAGCACUGCAGACUCUGGAGCAGUUCUUGUCCCGCUUACACCAGCUGGAUGUGGAGCUGUCCACAACACCAGGGACACCUGUAUUAUCAUCAGCAGCAUCUAUCAGAGAGAGGCUUCAGCAAGCCAGGGAGGAAGCUGUGGAGUUAGACUGCAUGCUGCAGGAUGCAGGGAUGAGUGUGAAACUGGGUACUAGGACUAGCAGCUGUCAGGCCAUGGUGUCUACACUGUUCAACCGUGCUGCAGAAAUGGAGGCAAGUGGAUGUGAAGGAAUGAUAGGAUCACAAAAAAAGGAGGAAGAAGAGCAGAGGGCAAGAGUUCUGGAAAAGAAAAAGAAAGUAACCCUGCUGGCUGCUCUAAGGGAGGUGCAGGGAACGCUGGAGAGACAGAGCCUGAAGGAGGCCACUCUGCCUGCCCUGCAGCACAGAUUGCGUUGUUUAACAGACCUGGAGAAUAAGCUAGAUGCUCUGCAUUCUGACAUCCAGAGUCUGCAGGAUACAUCUGCACACACAGCGGGCCUUACAGAGCUGGAGGAACAAUGGAAGGAAACACACAGAGUGAUAGCUGAAAGUCAGGAGGAGUGCCUUUCUCUGAUAGAGCUCCUGAAGAAGUUCCAGAGCUGUCGCAGCCAUCUGGGCAGCACCCUCCAGAGAGCGGAGCAGACCAUUAGUGAGCAGGCCUCCUACAUGGGCAAAGACAACCUUCAGCGGCUCAUAGGCAGAGUCAGCGGUAUUAAAUCAGAGCUGAAUGCUCUUGGGGAUGGGGUGGAGGAGUUCAGGGCUGUGUGCAGGCAGCUGCAGUCUCAGAUGAGGAAGAUUCCAGACUGCCCGGACACUCCAUUUGAGAGCGAGGCUGAUGCACUCAUGGACCGCUGGCUGGAUGUGACUGAGAGGACAGACUGCUGUCUAGACAACCUGCAGGUUGGGUUGUCCCUAUGGGAGAAGCUCCUCCUAAUGGCUGGAGAAGUGGACGGCUGGACCACCCGCAAGCUGAUGUCACUUGCCCAGUCACAGCCCUUUCAGACAGAGCAGGAGGUCACUGCUAUGCAGGAAGAGCUCUGGACCCAGGAGGAAAACAUAGAACAUUUUCAUGGCAGGUCUGUUGAGAUCCAGGAGCUGCUACAGAGCAGAGAGCACCCACUGGAGCUACAGGUGAUUGAAAGCCAGCUAAGGAAGAGAAUGGGAGAGGUGAAGGAGCUCUUCGCUGAAACUGGUGAUGUUUUCAAGGAGCUGGUGGCUGUCAAGGCUCAGGUGGCAGCCAGGAUGGGAGAGUGCAUGUCUUCCACACUCACAAUAAAAGAUGCCCUGAACACACUCAGUGCACCUGGGAGCCCAGAGUUCUUUCAGGAAAUUCAGGGAUUAUCUGAGCAACUGCGGGCAGAAGAAGAGCAGGCAAACACUGUACUGCAACAGGUGGCCCUCCUUACCAGUGUGGCCAGCCCUGAGAGCCUGAACACUCUGGCUGAGGAAGGAGCACGCCUGCAGGAAAGCAUCUGUGCAACCAAAGAGAUGAUUGUGCUGAAGAGAAAACAGGCAGACAGCCUCAAUAACGCCAAAGAUACAGAGAGAGAAGAUCUUAAUUCUCAAGGCUGCACUGUUCAGAGAACCCAAGAUCUUCCACCUAUGCAGUCAAACCUCAGCGACACUCAACAUCCACAGGGUCAAUUUUCAUCUUCUCACAAAACAGAAGAUUCACCUCAGGAAAGCAAAGAAAAUGAGAAGCCCCUUGAGGAGCCCCCAGAUGUCACAGACCUGAAAGAAAGCACUGCCUUGGCCAGCAGACUGCAGGUUGACAUUCUGGACACAGGCACACAAAGCACUCGGGCAGACACUGUGGAGAACCUAAAGGAACCAAAGGUGGUGUUGGGCCUAAAGGCUGAGGAUAAUAGUGACUUGAAGGUGAAGGUCAAACGUCAGACCCCCUUCAAGAAAGAAAGCCAGGACGUCCAUGUGCUCAGCGACAAAGAUAAGAAGAACAGUUUCCCUCAGGGUGAAGUGGGGUGUUUCCCCUCCCUUCAGAACCAACUGCAGCAGGUUGAGAAGAGGCUGCAGUUGCUGAAGGAGCAGAACGCAGACCUGCCUGUGCUUUUCCCCUGGUCAGGGCUGGAUGAGAGGCGGGGGGCUUUUGAACAGGCCCAUGGCCUCCUAGAGACAGCCACAACACUGAGAGAUCAGAUGAAGGAGCAGACUCAGCUCGGAGAAGACUCCAGCUUGACUGAGUUGUCCUGCAGUAGUCUGGAGAUUAUUGUCUCCAGCCUGAUCCAACAACUUAGUGACACAUGUGAAGGUCUUGAUGAGGGCAUUCAGAAAGAACAGCACUGCAGCCUCAUGCUGAAACAGUGCAGUGAAAUCCUGGACUGCUUGGAGAGGAGAAUGCAAGAGGAAAUAUCUCGGCCCCCUCAUGUAAACGACCAGAAGUCUCAAUUGGAAGCUCUUAAAGACUUGCUUCAAGCUGUGGGUCAGGAGGAUAAGCAUCUGCAGGUGAUUGAAACUCAAACUGCUGCUUUGCUGAGGAGCUGCACUUUAGAGGGUCAGGCAGCCCUGUCUCAGGAUGUCCAGGCUCUGCUUAAUAAGAGGUCAAUGCUGCAGAAGUCCAUUGACAAACAGCUUGGCCGUCUAGGAUAUCAGAAGACAGAAAAAGGAUGUUUUGAGGUGGCUUCUGACAAUACAGAGCAGGACAUGGAUACUGGAGAUACCCAGAUCAGAAUGGAACCACAUCCUUCAAACCAAGUUCUUCAGCCUACAUCUAUAAUUAAAGACAUAGCAGAUUCUGCUGCUUCAUGUCCUCCUCAGCAGCACUGUAAUGCUCUUGAACCUGACUCUGUCAUAGCUCUAGACACCGAUCUUUCCACAUCCAAACAAGAAAGACCUAUGUUGGAUCCUGUAGAUCCCCCCCCUCUACAAGAUGUGCCUGAUUGUACUUCUUUCCUUACAUUACAGCAAGAUGAGGCCACGAAAACAGAAUGCAAAGACACCACUCACAAUGCCAAUGUUACAAGCCAACAGUGGGCUGAAAGCUGUCCUGACAAGCCAGCUCCCAAGAACAUGGCUACCAUAGUUUUAGAUACUGUAUCAAAUCCACAGACACUGAAACCUGACAAGCAAGUAGAGUCAUCUAAAGAUGUGGACACUAAUACAGGAAAAUUCCCUUUUUAUCCUGACGAUGCUAAAUCUAUGGACUCUAAAGCCAAGAGGACAAAAUGUGAGGGAACCAGGAAUCUCAUACGGUCCUCAGGUAGUGUAAAGGAAAUACAGUCAGCUGUGCUCGCAGAAGCAGUGCAAUCAGACCAGGCUGCAAAUGCUUGUAUUGAACACCUUCAGACACAUGUUAGUACAAAGAGUUCCACUGAAGAAGCAGAUGUGCUGGAAUCAAGUCAGUGGGCCACAGAUGGUCAUCAAGCUGCUACAGUAUCAGCCAAGGGUAUUACAGAAGCAGAUGUGUUGCACAAUCCAAGAAAUGAUAAAACAAAUGAGUGUAAUUCCAGAUCAGUUUCCUACCAGGAGAAUUCCACAUCUGUGGUGAUGCAAGAGGUGGUGAUCCCAAAUGAUAGGAAGACAAAUGAACCGGACGCUGACCAGGCAGAUGCUCAAAAUAGUGAGUGUUCAAAGCCUUGCCAUAGUGCAAAGAGGAUGAUUUUGGAUUCUAAUGAGAAAAACUGUAAGGAAAAUAGGACAAUAGAGACCUCUACCUUCAAACACAUGAGUGCAGUCAGCUCGCCAUGUCAUCAGACAGGUGACACAAAGUUUCCAGACACUACAGACGCAACAUUCAGCCUGAGCUAUACAGCAAAACCUAUGGACUUGUUAAUUACAGACAGUAAGCAAGAGGAGGCUAAGAGCACCACACAGAUAGACUUGAUGAAUUCCCUGCAAAGGGAGAAUAUGGAUGGAAGACAAGCUACUGCAACGAACAGUGACUCAGUGGCAAUGAAUUGUCAGAAUUCUGAAACCACUAUCACAGUGCCAUUACAGCGGGAGUUCCAUGCAGAACCAAGCUCAAAGGACAACUCAGAUUCAGACAGAAAUGCCUGCUCACAGGUAGAAGAAAUGUUCAGAUCUGGUGUGUCUGGAGGAGGACAAGAUGAAAACAGGGGCUCCAAAGACAGAAAUAAGGAGAGUAGGAGACACAUCCAAGACCAACCCGCUGAAGUGUCAGGAUGGACGAGGUUAUUGGACAUCAUCACAAAUGUUCAGCCACUAAUGGAUACAAACACUGUGUACCCAGAGAAUCAGUCUAGAAGGGGUACCUGGUUCCUGGAGCCAACACUCACAGACUCAGAGAACCGACUGGAACGGACUGUCCUUAGGGUUCUGAGAUGUCGAUACCAACCAGCCCAGCUCAACACUGAACUUAUGACCCGGCAACUUCAGGAAGCUGAGAAGUGUAGACAGUCUGUUGUGGAGCAGGUGACUGCACUGCCUCAGAGUGUAGAUGGUGGUUAUUCCCAGCAGAGUCCAUCUAUGGAGGAGAGACGGAGUGCAGCACUGCUUGAUGCCUCAGUCACAGUACAGGUUAAAGAAGCCCAGCUUCAUCAAGUCACACAGUAUCAUCAGCAAGUACAGGUGCUCCUAGACACUCUAGAGGAUUUGGAGGCAGAAUUGGAUGCACUGAAUCUGGGUUCUUUGCAGAGCAGUAGUAUCCAAUCAGAAAAGCUACAUGCAUUCCUAAAGACCAUGAAGCAGAAGAAGGGCUUGUUGGAAGAACUUCUGCAUACAUGCUGCCAGGUAUCAGUCCAUCUAGGGGAUGCCGAGGGCCCGGUGGCAUGCCUACAUCAGGUGAAGAACGUACAAGAGAAGUGGCAGAUUUUAGAGGCCACUGCAGAUCGGGCUCUGAGACAUGCAGACAUUUGUGCAUCAGAAGCUUCUAUACUGCUAAAGGAUGCUAAAGUCCUUCUAGGUGACCUGGAGGCUCUCCAAAUAACUUCUCCCUCACUCUCCUCUCAGACACAUGUACAGUGCCAAAGUGCUGUGCAAAGAAUGACCACGUUGUCUGACUUUAUGGAAAUGAAUGAACGCUACCUCUACCUCCUUGAACUUUGUCAGGAUCUUUUCCAGUGUCCUCUAGGGGAGAAAGAGAGGGAGGACAUUGAGCAAGCCUUACAAAAUGUGAAAUCUCACUUAGAUUGUAUGCAGGAGAAGCUUGGUACUCAUGUAACUAGUUCCAAUGACGACUCACUGACCAAGAUCACUGAAAUUAUGAAGGACUAUUUCACCUGGGCUAAGCAAAUAGAGUUCAAAGUCACCAGAAGAAAGAAGUUGGCUCUCUUUUUUGAGGAGGCUAAUCAGCAAGUAAACAGCAUGAAGAAACUCCAGGUUGAAAUUUCAUCCAGAAGAUCCCAAUGUGCCUCUGUUGUUAAGAAGCUGAGAGGGGAAAUUACUGGACUCAGUGAGCAAGAGUCCUCUGUUAUGUUUUCUGCACUCGAAACCUUAGAAAACUUGUACAUUAAGAUCUCAGAAAUGUCAGACUGUGUUGCUGCGGAACUCAACCAAAUGUUGCAUGCAAGGCAGAGACUGGAGAGUCAGAUCACAGAAAACAGCACCUGGCUGACUUCACUGUUAGAAAAAGAGUGCAGUAAAAGUGCAGCCGUUGAGCUUGGAUCCACCAUUGCAGACUUGAAGAUCCAUCAUCAGAGGCACAAAGCAACUUUGCAUGAAGCUGAGAGGCGACUAGUUGUCAUUCAGACACUUCUGGAUGAGAUAAAAGACAUGUUUCUGGGUCUUAGCAUUGCAGAGAGCUUUCACCUUGUAGACAAACUUACCACCUUGCAAGCAGAGGUUGAGGGAGUUCUUAGACGUAAGAGAACCUCAUGCUGGGAACUGGAGGAACUCCUGCACGCCCAGGAAUCAUCUGCAGAAGAAUUUGCUGCCAUACAGAAGAGCUUACGCCAAAUGACUUCUGACUUUGAAAGGCAAAGGUGUCCUGUAACACAGGAGGCACUUUCUGCUUUUGAGCCUGUGAGACACAUGUUGAUGGAGCAUCUGUCACUAGUUCAGGAAGCACAUCACUGCCAGGAACACCGGAGGAAAGAUCUGCUGCACACCAUCCUAACCUUACAAGGGAGAGUGAGGCUGUUGGACCAUCAGGCCAAAGAACAUGAGUUUUACCUGACCUCCAAGCAGUAUUUAGAGGUUUGCAGUAAGGCAAUAAAGAUGACUGUUCCUUUGGUCUCGGAUGCAAGCACAGAAGCUAGUAAGCGCCUCCGUCUGGGUCAAACCCUGCUAGUGGAGUUGCCCUUGCUGAAGAUGUUCUGUCAGGAGGCUGCUGAUCAACUGGAGGCUAUUUCUGCUGACCUCUAUCCAUCCCAGCUGAGCUCAGAGAGGCAAAAGAUCCGCAGCAUCAUUAAAAGCCUUGCUGCAUGGGAACAUCUUAUUAGCAAUGAAGUUAAAGUCCUUGAGCACUCUCUAGUGGAGGACCUCAGCAAUCCCAUGGAGCUGACAGCACUGACUAAACUUUUUGUGAAAUCUGAAGAGCAGCUAAAGCAGAACAAUGGCCUGGAACCCCAUGAUCAGUGCAUUACAAAUGAACUACGAAAGUGUUGGACACUUGAGAGGACUGUGGAGUCAGCAUUGCGAAUGUUGGAGGCCUGCAAAGAUCAUCCACCAACAGAAGACUAUAGAAAAAUCACUGACACAGGGAGAAAAUUUUUAAAAGAAUGCAAGAUGCACAUGGAAAAGCUACUUCAGGCCAAGGAGGCCCUAAAAGAAUACCAGCGGGCUGUCCGUGGAGCUAUGGAUUUAAUUCAGCAAGUUGAGUUCAGACUCCUUAUACCUUCUUCUAGCUUUAAAGACUGUACAGAGGAACUGCGCCAUAGUCAACAAACGCUUGCUAGUCUAUCUGAAGGAUUCCAAGCUCACAUGGCUGAAAUCCAGUCCCGAUUGCCUCAACGAUCGUGCUUUUCUGUUAUUCACACUGAGAAACUCCACAUUCAGGUGCUCAGUCAGCUUCUUGUGAGUGAUGCCAUACUGGAAACCCAAGCUCAACUCAAACUGAAGACCCUUCAGAGGUGCUUAAUGGAGCAGUCCAUUCACACUAAACACCAUGAUGAAAUGAACCAGCUUCUAAGAAAUUUUGACUGCAAACUCUCAGAAAGCUUCAGUCACAAACCAACAUGUUUAGAAAAGUGCAAAGAUCAAAUCCAAGAAAUUAAGAUGCUUCAAGAGGAGUUGGAAAGCAUGGAUCGAAGACUGGAAGAGCUGAGAGAGAGUUGCCAGGUCCAAGCUUGUAAUGUGGCUUCUGAUCGGACGUUGGGGAAUCUGUGGAGACACUGGGCCAUGCUGCAGCGUCGACUGGAUGCCUUCAAAUCUAGACUGGUGCAUACAGAGACCGAAUGGAAGGAAAUUAUGUUAAGGAUCAACAAAUCCAGAGAAGUUCUUAACCGACUCGAUGGUAGCCUCACUGAUUUUUCCAAAAUGAAAAGAUCUCUGGAGAACCUUCAAGGCAUCCUGGCCCAAACUGAGCAACUUCAGGAUGCGCUAGAUCAAGAACACCUCAACGUAGUCUCUCUGCAGCGCUGUGGAUCAAACCUGCAGGAUCUUGGCACACUCACUGAGCUGAGUCAGGAAUUGCAGUCCCUUCAAAGUUACUGUCGACGCCUAAGGGAACAAAUUAGUGAGGUGAGACGUGACGUACUAUCAGAUAUUCAAGAAUGGGGUCGCCUGCAGGAAGAACUGAAGGCAGUGCAGCAGAGUGUUUUCUCACUUCUGUCUGUCCUGCAGAACCAGUCAGAUCCCUCACACAUACAGGAGAUGAAAGUAGAGUUGGGCUCUCAGCAUGGAAGACUGCAGGACAUUAUGAACAGGGUGAAGAAGAAAAGCAAUGAGCCACCUCAGGAGAUCCAGACUUUACAUGAAGAAAUCACUCUCUGCCUGCAAGAAGUCAAAGAGAAGGUGAAGCAGGCCAUAGAGAGAGCUAGCCCUCUUCACAAAAUGAGUGAGCAGCUGGGUGAGGUGACUGUGGGCUUAAACUGUGUGCAGGCCCUGCUCCAAAAAAAGAGUUCCACGGUAAAAGAAGCUGAAAACACACUGAAGCGUGUAUGGGAUGAGUUAGAUCAGUGGCACUCUCAGAUAACUGAGCUGGAAGCGGAGGUUCAGGAACUGGCUCAGGAGCAGCCUGAAAGAGCUCACAUGCUCAUGGAUGAGCUCACCAAACCACUGCAGUUCUAUCAGGCUGUAGCCAAACAGGCAGAGCAGAGGACUGCCUUCAUUAGCAGAAUCCCUUCGUGUCUACAAGAAUAUGAGGAUAUUCUCCAUAGUUCUACUUGCUGGCUGGCUGAAGCUCAGUCCUGGUUGGAUACCCCACACACCUACACCACUGCCAAGUGCCUCCACAGCCAUGCCAACUCCUUACAGAUGGUGCUGGAUGAGUCAGAGGGGAUCCGGAGUGCUUUGGAGGCUAUUGGGCCUGCUCUGGAGGAGAUCUCAGCAGUGUGUGACACCAGUUCUCAACAGCAGAAACUUCUACAGGUCCACACCAGUGUAGUCCAUAUGCAUCACCGCUCUGUGGAGCCACUCACCCAGCUCCAGCAUGCAGCCGCAGAAAUGGAUGCCAUUGAAGCAGAGGUGAAAACAACAGAGAAGAAUGUAACAAAGAUCAGAACCAUCUUAUCUACAGUGGGCACAGAGGACAUCUCCUUAGAGGAACAUCUCCAGAACAGACAGGUAAUCCUGGACAACCUUCAGGUGAUGAAGACAACCAUAGCUGAGAUUGAGAGGUGCAGGGCUGGCCUGGGACUGCCUGCAGGCGCAGAAGACACUCUAUCAGCCUUCCACAGAGCCCAGCUGCUUCAGCAGCCCAUCCAUGACCUACAGCAGCUUACUGUAGAGCAGAGUGCUACAAUUAGGGUUGCUAUCGGUCAUCCUGUGGAGCUUAUCUCCCCCUCUGAGCAAGCAAUGGCAUCUAGCCUGACCCUGCAGUGUCCUGGAGAUAUAAUGGUGCCUGCCGAAAUACCACAUGCUGGGGAAGAGGAUGAUGAUGAUUAUGAAGAUGAAGACAGUCACUCUUCCUCUGAGACUCUCACGUAUAGUGUUCCAGAGGACCCGGACGAGAUUCUGAUGGAUGAAGAGCAUGCUGAAACUGAUGCUACCAUUGUGGUCCAAUUUUCUGUCUCUGAGGAAUCACCUCAGAAAGAAACAAAGUCCAUGGAGUCUGAACCUUUGACAACUGAUUCUAAAUCUGGAAUUACAGUUUCAUGUACACAGCAUACAGGAUCCGUUACUGCAGAAAACAGUUCAGUUGUUGUAGACACUGAUUCUGUGCCUGCAAUCGCUGACCGACCUAUGGAGACAUUAACACAGACAGUUGAACCUGCUUUGCAACUUGCUUUAGCAUCUGAAAUGAGUGAAGAAACGCAGGAAAUACUCAAAGAUAUCAAACAAGCAGAAAUCUUGUCUGAGGAUCCUAAAGGGCUGACAGUGAAAGAUUCAAUCAAAUCAGAAAAUACAGAAACUUCUGCCAUACAUCCUGAUGGGGAAGAUAAAAACAAGGAGGCCACUAAUGUGGGGACUCAGUCAGAGACUCAGGAAACAUCAACAGACCAAUCCAUCUCCAAAUCCACAAAUACUGAAGAAGACACAUGCACAUCAGUCAGUAAGGUCCAACGGAGAGAUGCUCCAGUCAGUGAGGUGGUGGAGACCAUGGUGCCUGCACUGGUCAUCUCUCACCGAGACACAGAGACUGAACUUCAAAACAGCACAACUCUGGAGGUGCAGAGUGAGCUGAGAGAGCAAAGAGAUCUGAUUGAGGCCAUUGCUCGUCACAGCAGCAGCUCUGAUCUUGAGCAAGAGGAACAGACACAGACACAAACGCAUCCCAGGUCCAGUGGUGUAUGUGUUCCUGGACAGGCAGUGGAAAAAGAUAUGACCAGAGAGACCUGGACUAAGCUUCACCACAGACUGCAGCCUCUGCUGGACUCUUUAAACACUGUGCAAGACAAAACUACAUCAGAGGGGACAGGAUUAGCUGAACAUGAGGUGGAUAGUGAUAUAGGACCUUCCCUCAUACAAGAAAUGCAUAGACAUUCUGAGCAACUUCAGCAUAUCCAUCAAAAUGCAUGCAGCAUGGGCACCAAGGCUGCUGUAGCAGAGCUAUGGGGAGCUGUUCAGUCUGAGCUGUAUGAGACUCUGACAGGUCUGAGUCACUCACUUUCCAGCAUCACUCAGACAGUACACACACCAUCAGAAAGAAACAAGGAAGCCUGCCAGCUCCAACUGCUAAACCUGCAGUGUGUAUCAGCACAGCUGGUGUCUGUAAGCAGUGAGAUAAGAAGUAUUGGCUCAGAGAUCACUGAGGCCUUGGGUCCAGAGGCAUCUGUCGUGUCUUCCUGCCUAGAGUGUCUCCACAGCUGCAUAUCCUCCUCUCAGAAAGCCCUGUCAUCCCAAGAGGAGCUAGUGAGCAGACAGCUGGGUCAUACACCUCAGCUUCAGGCUGGGAAACAAUUGCUUGAAAGCCCGGUGUUGAUGUUGAAGGCCAAAGAGGUUCAGCAAAGUGACUCAAGAAGUCUAAUUCAGGAUCGACCCAAACUACAGAGUGUGCAGGGCAGUGUAUGGAGCUCCGUUCGAGGGCUGCAGUGCUCAGUAGAAGAAGGACCAGCACUACGCCGCAGUUGUCAGGCACUUCUGCAGGCCUUAAGGGCUCUACUGGAACUGGGCCCUGAGCGAGUGCAAAGCAGCCAAGUCCAAAAACCUCAAAGCUGCAGUGAGCUCCAAAGACUGCUCAAAGAACACAAGAAAUACUUCCAGGAGUUGAAGAGGUACUAUGUGAUGAUACAGCAUCUAUCUGAGAAGCUACCAGAGGAGGCACUGCAAGGUCAAGAAGAAAUUGGGCAGUUGAUCACUGAAAUACUCUUACAGGCUCAAGAGCAAGGAGCUCAUAUGCAGUACAACUUACAGGAGUGGUCUCAAUAUGAAGAAAUAAGAGGAAGAUUAUGCAAGCAGCUGGAGGAGUUGGAGGCCACCAUGCCCAAAGAAGGACUGGACAGUGAACCUGCACCAGAACUAGAGAAACGACUGCAGGCCUACCAAUGGUUGCGAGGGAGGCUGAAGGAGAACAGGCCUCAGUUAGGUCUGCUACAGGACUUCAGCAGGACACUGCAGACCCAGGGCAGUUAUUGGGAGCGAGCUGGUUUGCCUGGUCCUGGAGAAGGACUGCAGGCUAACUGGCGGGCUUUCCGCAGACGGCUAGAGCAUGAGAUCCAACGCACCAAGGAGAUGAGAGUCAACUAUGAUAGGUUUCAGAGCAGCUCUGCUGAACUGGAGGCAUGGAUGGAAACUGCACGUGUACAAGUGCAGAAAUGUAACAGCAUCUUUGAUUCUAAUCCAUCUGACUCAAAACACCUUCUGCCAAAACUCAUGGAGUUCUGUAGGGAGUUGGAGAGCAAGUCUGUGCUGAAGGCUGCUGCAGUAAGAGCAGGUACUCAGAUCCUGCAGCUGUCAGACAAUAAUGCUCCUGAACUGCAUAAACAUUUAACUCAGCUUGAGCAAGACUGGACAGAACUCAGUAGCACUCUACCCUCAGUUCAACACACACUACAACAGCUGUUGGCAGGUCUGAACCAUGGUGAGGUCAUUGCUGAGAUGACCUCCUGGCUGGAGCGCAUGGAGGGCAGACUGAGAGAGGAGAGCUCCAGAGAGCACCACGUCCUGAAUUGCUCUGAGCUCACCACACUUUUACAGCAGCUAAAGGACUGUAAAGCAGAAAUUACCAGCCGGCAACUAUGUGUGGAUUUCCUCAACCAGUCUGUUGAGGAGGUGGGCUUCCUGGAUGACCUGGGCAGUCGUAAAGAGCGUUUGUGCCUUGCUGAGCAAUUGGGGGACCUUAAUCUCCGCUGGAUCCUCCUGCAGAGGAAGAUUGACAGCCAAAUACAUGAAAUUGAGCACAAAAAGCAUGACUGCAAAAAAAGAGAGGGACGUCUGCAGCAACUGCGCACCUGGGUCUCAGAACAGCAAGAGAAGACGAGUGUUACUGAGAGGCCAGCAAGCUGGACACAGAUAGAGCAGGCCUUAAGGGAUUAUAAGGAGGAGGAGGAGAAGCUGAAUUUGAAAUCAGUUGAGCUGCUGCAGUUGAGAAAUCUUCACCUACUGGGUCAGCAUGAUGGGCAGCACCCCAUGGAUCAGGCAUUCUGCUCGGAGGUGGAGAGCACCAUUCAACAGUGCCAAUCUUUGAGGCAGCAGAUGUGUACCAUACAGGCUAAUCUGGUCAUGCUGAAGGAGCAGUGGACAGACUUUGACACUGAGCUGAGGGAUACAGCUCUGCACACAGCAGGCAUGAGCUAUAAGCUUGAGCUCAGCAAAACCCAUAUGUUUUCACUCCAGCAGAGCAAAGAACAUGUUGAAGAACUCCAGGAGCUUCAGAUGGAGCUAGAAAGGUCACAGGAGACUUGGACCAAAUUAUCUAGUUUUUGCUCAGAACUGAAAGGCAAAAUCCACCCUGCUGCAGCUCUGCUACUGUCUGACCGCCUGGACAGAGAGAAAACACGGUGGACAGUGAUGGUCCAGGAUGUGGGUGCGGAACUACAGAAGGCUCAAAGUGCCCUGAAUCUCUGGCGGGACUACAGCAUGCUCUAUGGAGACUGCUCUGUGCGUUUGAGCCGCCAAUGGCAGAAGUAUGAAGUGCUCUUUAGCCCCCUGGCCAAAGAGGAGAACAGCAUGGAGCUGCUUCAUAGCAGGCUUAAUGCCAUCAGCGUUUUGGAGAAUGAAAUGGAAGCCUUGCAGAACAAUGUUGCAGAUUUAUUGAUGGCCUCUAAGCCUCUCAUUGCACAGAUGGAGUCCCAUGCAGCCCCUCUGAUCCAGACAGAGACCAGGCUGCUGUCACGUGAUCUUGUGCGUCUGGGCCAGGCAUUGGUUAGAAGACAGGUAGAGCUCCAGGAGGAACUGGAAGAGCAUGUCAGCUUUAAUACUGAUUUGGAAUCUUUAGAGCAGCAUCUGAAGAGCUAUGAAAACUUAAUAGCCUCCACCACUGCAAGCACAGAGUGCCUAAAGCUGGGUCUUAUGGAGCAGAGUGGUCUGACACCUGACCUUGGAGAUUUGAAUAAACGCAGCCUAACACUGACCCUUAGUGCAUCUCACCUGCAACUCCUCAACACACAGUGGAUGCAGGUCUUCUCUCAAGCCACAGCCAAACACAGGGGAUUAUACAGUCAGGAGUUAUGUGCUCAGAGUUUUCAGAAGAAGUGCCAGGCAUGGAUGGAUUUAUUGGAGAAAGUGGAGUCUGGCCUAUCUAAUGACAUUUCUGGGAAUUAUUCUUCAAUAAGAGAACAACUUUCUCUUCACCAGAAGCUGAAGAUGGAAGUUCUGACUGGUCAGCAGCUCCUGGAUGCUGUGGUCAGUGAAGCUUUGAGGCUUCUGGAGAGAGGUCAGAUAGUGGACAGGUGCGGUCUGGUCCUGAGGUUAACCCGAUUAAAGGAGCGCUGGCAGGGAACACUGUGUAGGGUUCAACAGCGCAGCAAAAGUUUGGAGCAGCUGACAGAUAAAUGGAAGCUCUAUAGUACAGACCAGAAAACUCUGUGGAAGCUUCUUAGAGACUUAGAACCUCUCCUGCCCCCUGCUGGCCUGGCACUUUGCAGCCUUAAGCAGCUCCAACACUCCAUUCAGGACUAUGAGUUGGCUGAGGAGCAACUGAGCAUCCAUGAAGAACUCUACACCCAGACCAUACAGACAGGCAGGCAGAUCCUUGUCAGGGCUGAUGCCCACACACAGACCAAGCUGAAUGCUGAGAUGGGGGCCUUGAAAGAGGCCUGGGAGCAGUGCCGUGUUCUGGUAGAGAAGAGAAAAGCUCUCACAAAAUCUGUCAUUCAGAACUGGGAUAACUGUGAGACUGGACUUGCUGAGAGCGCGCUCAAGUUGAGAGAGAUUAGCAUCAAACUGAAGCAGCCCCUGGGGGACAACUUAGAGCUUCAAGUGAAGCUCUUGCAGGAGCACGGAGACUCUCUGGAACUGUGGGCAGGAGGACUGAAGGAGCUGGCUACCAUGAAGGCGGAUGUGUCCCAGUAUGUGCUGCCCACAGACGCCACGCUGCUCCAGGGACAGGUGGAGGAACUUCACAGUCAGUGGGAAGAACUUUGCUUGAGGGUGUCCAAGCGCAAACAAGAGAUCGCUGAUCGUCUGAAUGCAUGGAUAAUUUUCAACGACAAAAACAAGGAGCUCUGUGAGUGGCUAGCGCAGAUGGAAAAAAAGGUGACCCACAGCAAUGAACAUCUCAGUAUCGAGGAGAUGGUGGAGAAACUUAAGAAGGACUGCAUGGAGGAGAUUAACCUCUUCAGUGAGAAUAAGAGCCACCUGAAGCAGCUGGGGGAGCAGCUCCUUUUGGCCAGUGAACGUGCCAAAGAGGCAGAGAUUCAUGGAGCGCUGCGUGAUGUCAACGACCGUUGGCAGCACCUGUUCGACCACAUUGAGGCCAGGGUGAAUAAACUGAAGGAGACUAUGGUAACAGUGCAGCAACUAGACAAGAACAUGAGUAACCUGCGGACAUGGCUGUCCCGCAUUGAGGCUGAACUAGCCAAACCCGUGCACUACAGCAUCUGCCAUGGAGAUGAGAUUCAGAAGAGACUAGCAGAGCAGCAGGAGCUGCAGCGGGACAUCGAACAGCAUACUGAGGGUGUAGCGUCAGUCCUCACCCUGUGCGAUGUGCUCUUGCAUGAUGAGGAUGCCUGCAGCAGCGACAGUGAAAACGAUUCCAUCCAGUUGACCACUCGCAGCCUGGAUCAGCGCUGGAGAAAUAUCUGCUCCAUGUCCCUGGAAAGGAGGAUGAGGAUUGAGGAAACAUGGCGGCUGUGGUGUAAGUUUCAAGAGGACUACUCACGUUUUGAGGACUGGCUAAAUCUGACAGAGCGUGCUGUGGCAGAACCCAAAUCCUCUGAUGUUCUCUACACUGUUGCCAAAGAAGAGCUCAAAACAUAUGAGGCAUUCCAGAGAGAAGUGCUUGAGAAGCUGACCCAGCUGGAGAUCAUUAAUAACCAGUAUCGUCGUCUGGCCCGGGAAAACCGCACAGACACAGCCAGCAGACUCCGGGCUAUGGUGCAUCAAGGCAAUCAGCGCUGGGACAUGCUGCAGAGGAAAGUGGCAGCCGUAUUACGCAGGCUGAGGCACUUCACAGCCCAGAGGGAGGAGUUUGAGAGCACGCGGGAGAGUCUGCUGGUCUGGCUGACUGAGAUGGACCUGCAGCUGACCAACGUGGAGCACUUCUCAGAGAGCGACAUCCACCAAAAGCUAAAACAGCUCAAUGGCUUUAAGAAGGAGAUCACUCUAAAUACAAAUAAGAUCGAUGCUCUAAUAGUGUUUGGGGAGAGCCUGAUCCAGAGGAGCUCUCCGCUAGAUGCUGCUCUUAUAGAGGAUGAGUUGGAGGAACUGCACUCUUAUUGCCAGGAAGUGUUCAGCCGAGUGGCCCGCUUCCACCAGCGCCUCACCAGUCCUCGACCUCUGCUGCUAGAGGAACCAGAUCUCUGUGGCACUGAGAGCACUGCAGAAACAGAAGGCUCCAAUCUGGCAGAAGUGAGCCAGAACAUCAGCCAGCCAUCCAUGUGCUUCCUGGCCCCACCGCAGGAGCGUUCAGGCCGAGAAACACCUGUCAGUGUGGACUCCAUCCCCCUGGAGUGGGACCACACAGGAGAUGUGGGGGGUUCCUCCUCACAUGAGGAAGAUGAGGACAGCAGUUUCUUCAGUAGUCUGUCAGGUGUGGAGGUCACAGAGAGUCCAGAGGCAUUUCUUAAAUCCACAGUACAGGUUCUGACACCAACUUUGGUCCCAGGACAGGACGUGGCUGUGACUCAGAAUUGGAGCUCCCAGUCUGUCCCAGAGAAGAAGCCCCUCACCCUGGACCUUCCUGAUACGGAGCACCCCUCACCUGCACAAACCAGCACACCCUAUAAACAAGACUAUGUUCAGCUCAUGUCCCAGUGCAGCAGCAACAUUAGGAGUGUAAAGAAAGUGUCUCUGAUCCUGGAUGAGGAGCAACAACAAGAGGACCAUGGUCUUACUGGACUUACUGCUGCAGACAAACAGUCAGGAGUAAUUGAACGCUGGGAGCUGCUGCAGGCGCGGGCAGUCAGUGAGGAACAGUGCAGCAGUAGAGAUCCUCGAAAGCUGACAUCUGACCUGCUCAACAUUACGUCCUGGUUAGGCCGUGUCGCCCCUGAGCUGGAGAGACUCCAGAAGGCUGAGACAUCUGUCAGUGUGGAGAUCAUGGAAGCCAGAGUCAAAGAGCUUAAGGAAAUGCAGAAGGCCUUUGCUCGCUAUAAGACCCUGAUGCUGUCAUUGAACCUGGGUGGGCGAGAGUUGCAGUGCGAGGCCAGUGUUGAAAUGCAGCAGCUGCAGGAGGGCUUGCGCAACAUGAACCAGGGCUGGACCCAGGCCUGCAUGGGCCUGGAGGGCUGGGAAGACAGCUUGCGAAACUCGCUCAUGCGUUGCCAGGAGUUCCAUGAAAUGCUGCAUUCUCUCUUGCUGUGGCUGGCCCACGCUGAGAGCAGGAGAUACACUAUAAAUAUACUUGACCCCUCUGUACCGCCAUCCAAGCUGCAGGAACACAGAACUGCACUGAUGUGUCUGGAAGAUGAGCUGAAAAACAGGCAGAAGCAAGUGGGCUCUCUGCAGGAGAUCGCUUCAGAGCUGCUCCCAGAGUCAGGGGAGGACGAUAACUCCGAAGCCAGAGAGAAGCUCCAUGUCAUUGGCAUCAAAUUACGUCUGCUACUACGGCAAGUCAGGCAGGACCUCCAGACUGUGCAAGAGCGACUGGAGUCAUCUGAGGCAGUGGCCGUAAGUAAAGGACAAGGUCUGGGAUCUUCAUCUAAGGAGCUGGCAGCUGAGGCUGGUGCUGGGAGUAGAUCAUUAGGCUCCAGCAGGGUGGAGAAGAGGGACCCCUCCCCUCAGCGUUCUUUCUUCGUUCGGGUUUUGCGAGCCGCCUUCCCCCUGCACCUCCUGUUCCUCCUGCUACUGGUUCUAGCCUGCCUGGUGCCGCUGUCUGAGCAAGACUACAGCUGCACUCUCUCCAAUAACUUUGCCCGCUCUUUCUAUCCAAUGCUGCGCUACACCAACGGACCUCCUCCCACAUGACAACACACACACUGACCAUCAGGCUGGCCUGCUUCCAACGCCGACCAAUCCAAACUCCCAAAGCACUAAGGUGUUCAUAUUGCUACUGUCCAAAAAUGUAUUUUUAACCUUUGUAUUUAUAAAUUAAUUUUUUUACUAUUUAUUCCCCAGUGAGAGCCAUACUACUGAGACGUUCUAAUGCUAUAGAUCCAGUCCAAUCAGGUUGCAUGUGUGUCCCUGUACUAAUGUGACUGUCACUGAUUCAUGCAGGUUUAUAAUCAUGCAAAACAGAUUUUUAUGGUUCAAAUGGAAGCCUGAGUUUGAGAAUAAUGGUAAUCAGUUGUCUGGUCAUUAUUUCAAAUCUACAUGUCUGUGUGUGUCUGCUUAACAUGCUGAGAUAAAUAGAGGCCACAGAAUGAUGCAAAUGAGACAGAAUGACUGUUGUUACUCCAGAUAAUGUGAGUGUGAAGUCAUGAAACAUUACAAACUGGCAAUUUAUAUAUUCAUGUUGUGCCAUUAUCCCUUAGUUGCUUUAGUGUAAAUAGAAUAUGGAUCAGUGAGAGUGCGCUGUAGUACGUGAAUUCCAAGAGGACAUUUGUGUGUACAGUAACAUAUAUUUUUUGACAAGUAAUUGAAUGUAUUCUCUUUUUUGGCAAUAAACAUUCUUAUUCAAAUGAAGUGA